ACCACAAAGUGAAGAAAACGAGUAGAGAAUAUAUAUAUAUACUUACUCGCCGGAAAAAUACACAUAUAUAAAUUUACGUAAGAAAUUGCCUAUAAACAAGAGAGGAGGGUCGUGAGAGGUCUAGGAAUAUUUCCCAAUAAAUUCCAGACCGAUUCGUAUUCACCGGAGCAUCCUAGAGGUCGCCGGAGUUGCAAGCCAAGGAAAUGGGUCUUCAGCAAGUGCGGAAAUUUGGCCGUAGAUAGGGGUGGCGGAGCUUCUCCUCGACGUCAGGAUCAUUUUGCAACUUGAAUCGUUUAAAUCCGUUACCUAAGGAGAAUUCAAGUGAAGAUCAAGCUAGAGAUUUUAUUAAGGAGAUUAUCGCAAUUUAAGAUGAUUAUGAUUAUGAAGAUUGAUGUACUUGCUGCCCGAGUGUUCCGCUAGUUGCACACGUUUGAUUAAUUAUUGUUGUUUAAAUUUGUAAUCCAUAAACUUGUUUUAAGUUUUAUCUGAUGGCUACUUGAAUUAAUGGUGGAUAGCCUGUGCACUCAAUCAUGUAUAGGUUGAGUGUGGCGGUGACACACCUGUUUUUCCAUUAAAGACUUCCGCUGUACUCUAAAUAUGUUUUAUAAUAAAGAUGUUUUCAUUUCAAAAUACUAUUUUAUUUUGGUGGGAAAAAUGGGGGUGUUACAAGUUGGUAUCAGAGACUUAAGUUUUCCUAAAGGAUUUGAACACGAGGUAAUAGGUUGUAUGGAGAAAUUCUGUCACCAAGACGAUAAGAGUCUAAGGCUGUUGGUUCUUAAUUGAGCCUUUGCGCUCGUCCAACUACCUGGGAAUUUCUCCUUGUGCUGAAACUUCGUUGUUCAAAAUCAUUGAAGGAAACCUUUGAAAUUGUACCUUCAAAAGGGAGAUUUUCAAAUAUUUUUAAGAUUAGGAAAGAUAAUAUAGCUAGGAAAUGGCCUUUUAGGAACGUGGUGAGGACCUUGUGAGUAUUUAUUUUCCUUACAUGUAUCAUGUAUGUGAUAAUUAUGCUAAUUGUGGGCCCAUUUGAGAAAUGGGAACCCCAAAUGAUAAAAUGGGAAUGCCUCAUAAGGCAAAAUUCCGAAGUGGCUAAGGUAUGUACAAACAUUAUGUGUGAAAGUGCUUUUAUGUGAAGUAUGAAUCCUCUGUAUGAUUGUUAUGUACAUUUUUAUAUGAUCAUGUUGCAUAGCCUAUGGAAUCCUUAGUUGAACUAGGAUUCUUAGGAGUAAAAUAUAGAAAAUCUUACACGAAUACUUUAUGUCAUUAAGAUAUCAUGGCACCGAGAAGAGACCCUGAUAACACGCCCACCAAUGCUGAGUUGGCACAAAGCGUUCAACAACUGGCACAAUUCAUGCACACACUAGGUGCUACUGUGCUCCAGAACAAUCAAAACCAGAACAACGGGAAUGAUGCCGCAAAACGAGUGGCAUCUCGCAACCCUCCAAGCUUUCAUGGGCAAGAAGAUCCUCGUAUCCUCGAGAAUUGGCUCCGACUCUUUGACAAACUCUUCGACGCGGUGAGCUGUCCGGAAGAGCAAAGGGUUGACAUUGCUGUUUACUAUUUACAGCAAGAGGCAGAUAACUGGUGGGUCUCAUCAGGCCCAACUUUACGUCAACAACCUGACUUCAAUUGGGAAGCUUUCAAGAUUGCCAUGAGGAAACGUUUUUAUCCUGCACACGUUCAGGCCACCAUGCGUGAUGAAUUCAUACAUUUGAAACAGAUGGGCAUGAGUGUCCAAGAAUAUCACAAUAAAUUCGUGGACCUCGCGCCAUUUGCGAAAACAAUAGUGCCUGAUGAAAGCACCAAAGUUGAGAAAUUUAUCUACGGAUUAAACUAUGAUACGCAGAAAAUCGUCGCUGUUUUGGGUUGCCAAACUCUGACUGAUGCUUAUGAUAGAGCUGCAGUUCACUAUCGAGUUCAGCAAAUACAAAGAGAGAGGAACCAGAAGAUGAAGAGGGACGAAGAUGGAGGUCGAGGAGAAAAGAGGGUCAGAGUGCACCCACCUACACAGCAACAAGAAGGGAGGAGGAGGAGAGAUGACCAAGGUGGAAGAAAUUUCCACAGUCAAAACCAACAAAAUGAUCGAAGAGCUGCUCCCAGAGAUAGGCACUUCUACUGCAAGAGGUGCGGGAGAGAUCAUCCCGGUGUUAACUGCGAUGGAAGCCUGACAAAAUGUUUCAAUUGUGGGAAGCUAGGGCACCGAACCUUCGAGUGUCUCUCAAAGACCAAUGGGGCACCAGUGAACCAGGUGCAAUACCGUAUUGGAGGAAGACCAGAUAUGAACCAAGCUGGGCCAAAUGGAGGACAAAAUAACAACAACAAUGCCGCCGCCAACAACAACAACCGCAACCCUCGAGGAGGAGGGGAGAAUAAUCAUGGCAAUGGCAAUGGCGGGAACAAUGGCAACGGCGGAAACAACGGCAACCGUCCGAACCAAGGGCGAAUCAUGGUGAUGAAUCAGGCCCAAGCCAAUGCUAAUGAUGUGGUUUCAGAAGGAGAAUUCAAGUGAAGAUCAAGCUAGAGAUUUUAUUAAGGAGAUUAUCGCAAUUUAAGAUGAUUAUGAUUAUGAAGAUUGAUGUACUUGCUGCCCGAGUGUUCCGCUAGUUGCACACGUUUGAUUAAUUAUUGUUGUUUAAAUUUGUAAUCCAUAAACUUGUUUUAAGUUGUAUCUGAUGGCUACUUGAAUUAAUGGUGGAUAGCCUGUGCACUCAAUCAUGUAUAGGUUGAGUGUGGCGGUGACACACCUGUUUUUCCAUUAAAGACUUCCGCUGUACUCUAAAUAUGUUUUAUAAUAAAGAUGUUUUCAUUUCAAAAUACUAUUUUAUUUUGGUGGGAAAAAUGG